UACUACAGUAGACGAGAUCCUGAUCUGCGCGGUCUCUUGGCCUUCGGGGAGCACGUCAGGCGCUACUGUCUGGUCAGCCCGGAUGUGAUAAUGUCCGGCGCGCCAUCCUAUCAGCCUUUGUGGACGCCUGGUGGAUGUCAGGCGCAUCAGCAACGACGCAUUCCCGGUCAUUCUAGGGUGUCUCCACGCGGCCUCAUGUUCGUACGCCUGGCCAGUCUUCACACGACCCGACGGCGUCCAAAGCCUCAUGGAUCACCAUCCGUCCGCGGCUAGGCUGUUGGUGUAUCUCGGGCUGUCUACGCAGACAUGUAUGCACCAAUUACUCUCACGGGCCGCAUCACUACAAAAUGAAACCGAAAACUACGUGGAGCGCAUGCAAGCCAGGAAUGGUGCGCAAUGGCUUUCACAAUCCCCGUGCACGUCGGUCCCAUGCUGCGUGAUGUCCGGAGGUACCACUGUGAAAUGUCUCACUGACUACCGGUCGCCAAUAGAAGCCUGCGAAUAAGUGUCUCCCACGUCCGGCUCCGCUCAAUAAGUUCUGCGUGUGAGGAUGUGUCUCGACCAGGACACUAGAACCAUCACCACCCACAGUCCCAUCCUCUUUGAAAAGGCGCUCACAUGUCCUCUCUGACGGGUUCACGUUACGUUCGGUGGUGGUAUGUACACUAACGCUCUUGGCACACAGGUGCCGGCCGCUCCAAGGCACAAGAACAACGCCACUAGUACCACAAUACGAACUUCGAAUGCUAAGAUGGGCGGUACGCCCAAGGUAGCUCGGACGAGCAUGAUACAUCGGGAACUCUUCCCGGAACCGGUGGGGGCCGUUUUCCCAGACAAACGCGUCUCUCGUCGCUCUAUCUACACCGUCGUGAUGCAAACUCUGCACCGAGAGAGCAGAUCGCCCAAAGAGCUACAAUUGAAGGCGCCGGUGGAAAGUCCCCCCGCAAUGGCCGGGAACUGAAUUCGAGGGUCGCAGCGACGUAGAGUUCGUACUAUAUCUUGCGAACCUGUGUUGGACGUCCCAGCUUGGCUGGAGUGGUCUCAUCUGACCCACCCUCCAUCAUGCCACCACCUUUGUGCUGGUCGUCAAGCAUCAGAAUGGGCCAGAUUGUUGCCUCCAGAGGCCUUCCCCUUGUUACGUGCAAAGGCACACACCUGAGCACGAGCUACGGAAGGGGAGACGGUUGUCGGAACUGCCGGGAACGGCCGCGAUAUCUGAAAGCGUCAGUGGCCGUGCGAGGGGUGGAAGUGAAAGACCGAGCGAAACUGAGCAACACUUUG